AAGAUAUAAGCAUCUCAAUUGUUUUAAAUUAUCUUUAUGUCUUGCGUCUUCUUUUUAUAUUGGUCUAAACAUGUUUUCAAUCGUGUACAACUUGUGGUUGAUGGUGGAAGAUGUUAUAGUUCAGUACAUUGAUUUGGACUUUACAUUAUGGCUGACAUGGCUCUUAAUGCCACUACUCAUAACAUUUCUACUCCCGCUUGUAAUUGCGCUGCUAUUGUACUUAACUGCCUUAAUGUUGUACAUCUAUAAGUUACACAGGGUUAAAUUGAGAAAUGCUUAUGGUACUGCAUGGCGAGACACAGCUGUUCAUAUGGUCGCAGCUGUCUGGGAUGCACAUGGUUGGAUUUGGCAUGGAUAUGAAAUUGUGGGCUUAGAGAAUAUUCCACAAGAUAAACCAGUAUUAUUUAUAUAUUAUCAUGGAGCUCUCCCAGUUGAUAUAUAUUAUUUCACAUCGAAAGUAUUUCUAUAUAAUUCGAGGCUAGUCCGUCUAGUAGUAGACCGAUUUCUCUUCAAGAUCCCUGGAUGGUCCAUAUUUGCUGAUAUUUUGAAAAUUAUACCUGGUACAAUUCAAUCGUGUUCUGCUAUUUUAAAAGAAGGGAACAUGCUUGCUAUUGCUCCAGGUGGCGUGUAUGAAGCUCUGUUUGGAGAUUCCUAUUAUGAACUUAUGUGGCAGAAAAGAAUGGGUUUUGCAAAGGUUGCUUUGGAUGCAAAAGUGAGUAUAGUCCCAUUCUUUACGAAAAAUCUCAGAGAAUCAUUUAGAACAGUAAGUUGGGGAAGAAGAAUAUGGCUGAAGAUAUAUGCCAAGACAAAGCUUCCUCUUGUACCAAUCUUUGGUGGCUUUCCAGUAAAAUUAGUAACAUAUAUAGGCAAGCCUAUUCCAUAUGAUGGGAAUCUUACACCCGAAGAAUUACAGAUAAAGGUUGCCGAUAGUCUUAGAGAUUUAAUAAGAAAACAUCAGAAAGUACCUGGUAACAUUACACGGGCUUUAAUGGAAAGAAUACGUAAUACAGAAAAACAUAAGGAUUAAUUAAUAACCGUUUUGAUGUACUUAACAUUCAGAGAACAAUACUUUUAGAAUUUAUUUUAAUUUGAUUAGACUUUUUAGGUGGAAGCAUAAAAAAGUGUGUAAUAAAAAUGUUUCAUUAUAGGUAAAUGUUUUUAUUAUGCAUACAAUAUAUAAUAUUUACUUUUAUUUUUAUUUUUAUAUAUUUUACAUAUUUGUACUUAAAUAUAUUUGAUUUUUAUGAAAAUUUAUAAAUAAUUUAUACAUAUUUAAAAUUCUUUACAAAAAUGUAAUUUAAUACAAGCAAAUGCCAUGUAAUAUAAAAUAAAUAAUUAUAUUAUUAUUAUUAUUAAUAUGUUAAAUAUGAAAACGUAUAAAAUGUGAUUAUUUAAUGACUAUGUCCUUUUCUGUGCUCUGUUAUCUCCUACGUUUUUUAGUUUAUUAACAUUGUAUAUUAAUUUUGUAGGAAAAAAGAUACACAGAAAAGGAUUGCGAUAAAUGAUGAAUCUAUUCUUGUUAAAAGAAAUAUAUAGUAUA